CGGCAGUGAGCGGCUCCGGCUGGUGCUGCUGCUGAGGAAGCUCUACUUCUGCAUCUGACAGGCGGACGCGGACUCUUCCUGUGACUCUGCUUCAGCCUGCUGCUCCCCGGAGCCCUCUGACUGCACCCCGGGAAGGACGCAGGCUUCCGCGGGCGCUGUCCAGCUCCGACACCCGCCCGGCAACUCCGACCAGCGGCGGCCGUAGAUGCGGGUUGUUCACGGCAGCGGCUCAGACCUGUCCCGCCUCUCCGCCUCCCUGCGACUCGAGCGGCGCCGCAGAUAGCGUCCGUGGAGCGGGGCUGAUGGCCGUGGAGCCCGGCACGGCCUUCCUCAUCACAGCAGCCAGCCUGCGUGGCUCCUAGGCGCCGCUGCGGUCCCGGUCCGGGAGCCCGUAGUCCUGCGGGAGAGGCGGAGUGUCGCAGCGCAGCAUCGCCCCGUGCGGGUCCUCCGCUGCGGGAGCGGGCAGAGGAGCAGCGGCUGACCCAGAGAUGGCGGUUCUCAAGCUGGCCGAUCAGCCGGCUCUAAUCCAGGCCAUCUUCAGCGGGGACCCCGAGGAGAUCCGAAUGCUCAUCUACAAAUCUGAGGACAUCAACGUUCUGGAUGCAGAGAAGCGCACCCCCCUGCACGCCGCCGCCUUCCUGGGUGAUGCAGAAAUCACAGAACUCCUCAUCCUCUCUGGUGCCCGGGUCAACGCCAAAGACAACAUGUGGUUCACUCCUCUACACCGGGCAGUGGCAUCUCGGAGUGAGGAUGCUGUGCAAGUCCUGAUCCGUCACUCUGCAGAUGUGAACGCUCGGGACAAGAACUGGCAGACGCCGCUGCAUGUGGCUUCAGCCAACAACGCCCUGCGCUGCGCCGAGGUCAUCAUCCCCAUGCUGACCAGCGUUAAUGUGUCCGACCGCGGGGGGCGCACCGCCCUGCAUCACGCCGCUCUCAACGGGCACACGGAGAUGGUGAACCUCCUGCUGGCUAAAGGAGCAAACAUCAACGCCUUCGAUAAGAAGGACGGCCGGGCUCUGCACUGGGCCGCCUUCAUGGGUCACCUGGAUGUAGUGUCUGUGCUGGUGAGUCACGGCGCUGAGGUCAGCUGUAAGGACAAGCGAGGGUACACGCCGCUCCACGCAGCCGCCUCCAGCGGACAGAUCGCCGUGGUCAAACACCUGCUCAACCUGUCAGUGGAGAUAGAUGAGCCCAAUGCGUUUGGGAACACGGCUCUGCAUGUGGCGUGCUUCAAUGGCCAGGAUGCCGUCGUUAGCGAGCUUAUCGAUUACGGCGCCAACGUCAGCCAGCCCAACAACAAGGGCUUCACGCCGCUGCACUUUGCUGCUGCUUCCACGCACGGAGCGCUCUGCCUGGAAUUCCUGGUGAACAACGGAGCCGACAUCAACAUCCAGAGUCGGGACGGGAAGAGUCCUCUCCACAUGACGGCUGUCCACGGACGCUUCACUCGCUCGCAGACCCUCAUCCAGAACGGGGGGGAGAUCAACAGUGUGGACAAGGACGGAAACACCCCCCUCCAUGUUGCAGCGCGCUACGGACACGAGCUCCUCAUCAACACCCUCAUCACCAGCGGAGCAGACUGCGCCAGGCGGGGGGUCCACGGCAUGUUUCCUCUCCACCUGGCGGCCCUGAACGCUCAUUCUGACUGCUGCAGGAAGCUGCUGUCCUCAGGUCGGAGGUUUAGUUUGUGUAACGACUCGGUCCUGUUCGCAGGCUUCCAGAUAGACACCCCCGACAGCCUGGGGAGAACAUGUCUGCACGCUGCUGCGGCGGGGGGAAACGUGGAUUGUGUGCAGCUGCUGCUGAAAAGUGGAGGAGAACACAACAAGACAGAUAAGUGUGGCAGGACUCCUCUCCACUACGCUGCUGCCAGCCGUCACUAUCAGUGUCUGCAGACGUUGGUCGCCUGUGGCACUGACAUUAACGCCACUGACCAGUGGGGGCGCUCUGCCUUGCACUAUGCUGCUGCCUCAGACCUGGACAGGAGACGGCGUGUAGCUCUGGAGCCAGAGAGUGAAGGAGUUCAGGCUGAAAAAGAGAAGGAGGCUGCACAGUGUUUGGAGUUCCUGCUUCAGAGCGGCGCGGCGGCGGCGCUGAAGGACGAGCAGGGCUACAGUCCCGUCCACUACGCUGCGGCGUUCGGGCACCGGCAGUGCCUUGAGCUGCUGCUGGACAGAGAUGAUGGUCACCAGGAAGAUGAAGACUGUGGGAACGCGCGGAGCCCGCUCCACCUUGCUGCGUAUCACGGCCAUGCUCAGGCCCUGCAGGUGCUUUUGCGGGGGGGCCGGGAGGUGGACCAGAAGGACCAGGCGGGGAGGACUCCGUUGGCCCUGGCUGCCCUGCGGGGCCACGCUGACUGCGUUCACACUCUGCUCAGCCAGGGGGCGUCGCCGCUCUCCACCGAGCAGCUGUACGGACGCACACCUGUGCACCUGGCAGUCAUGAACGGCCACACCACGUGUGUGCGCCUCCUGCUGGACGAGCCGGACGGCCCGGAGCUCCUGGACGCGGCGGACCCUCAGGGACAGACACCUCUGAUGCUGGCAGUGGCGGGGGGGCACGUGGACGCCGUGUCGCUGCUGCUGGAGCGGGAAGCCAACGUGAACGUGGCGGAUAAGAAGGGCCUGACGGCGCUGCACCUGGGGCUUCUGUGCGCUCAGGACGAGUGUGUCCAGUGUUUGCUGGAGCAGGAGGCGUCGGUGCUGCAGGGGGACUCGCAGGGUCGAACCCCCAUCCACCUGGCUGCAGCCCAAGGCCACGCCUCCUGGCUGAGCGAGCUGCUGACCAUCGCCUGCUCCGAGUCCAGCAGUCUGCCACCACUGAGGGACGGCAGCGGAUACACACCUCUGCAUUGGGCAUGCUUCUAUGGUCAGGACGGCUGCGUGGAGGUCCUGCUGGAGCAGAGGGGCUGCCGCUGCAUCGACGGGAACCCCUUCACCCCCCUCCACUGUGCUGUGGUGAGCGGUCACGAGUCGUGCGCGGCGCUGCUGCUGGAGGCCAUGGGCUCUGACAUCACCGGCUGCAGGGAUUCGAAGGGCAGGACUCCUCUUCACGCUGCAGCGUUUGCGGGUCAGAUUGACUGCAUUCAGCUUCUCCUUUCCCAUGAUGCACCUGUGGACCCUGCAGACGAGCGAGGCCGCACCCCCCUGAUGACAGCAGUUGCAAAGGGCCGUGUGGGGGCUCUGGAGGUCCUGCUGGGCGCCGGCGCCGGGCUGAGUCUGAGCGACCGGGACGGGAACACGCCACUGCACGUAGCGUGCAGUAACGGAACAGAGGAGAGCGUGCUGAUGAUCCUGCAGAAGCUGUCGGACGCCACGCUCAUAAACGCCACCAACGCAGCGCUGCAAACACCUCUCCACCUGGCGGCGCAGCGCGGCCUGAAGAAGGCGGUCCAGGAGCUGCUGUCCCGAGGAGCCAGCGUGCAGAUGGUGGAUGAGAACGGUCUGACCCCCGCCCUGGCUUGUGCUCCUAGCAGACAGGUGGCUGAUUGUCUGGCUCUCAUUCUGGCUUCCAUGAUGCCUUUCUGCUCCCCUUGCAGCUCCGGGGCCCCCUCCCCAGGCUUCCUGCUGAGGCCCCUCCCCAGAGGAAAGGGUCCUGGUCUCCAGGGGCCACGCAGCCCCAGGAACCCUCUGGGACCCUUGAGUGGGGGCACCACUGAGAAUGACUCAGAGGACUCGGAAACCUUCUGACCCCCCCAACAGACUUUGGACUCUAACCUGAGAUCGCUCAGCAGAAUCGACACCGCAGUGGGACCGCAGGACUUCAGGGCUCCCCUCCUUUUCUCCAAGUGAAGGGGUCUCAUGUUUGGUGAACAUUGACCUGUGAGGGCUCUGCAGCGCCACCUACUGUCACACCAGCUCCACCCAGGCCGGUUCUGGUCGGGUUCUGCUGAAAGCCUUGCUAUUGUUUGACAGAUGCCUCAGUGAGGUUUGAAAGCAGGAGAACUCAUGCUGACCUUCACAAAUUUAUGCAUGUGAAAAGAAAGUGCGCACGUGGAAAUGUGCACGUAAACAGGUAGAUGGAGCCUGGUGAGGCGUUCAGGAGCAGAUCCGUACGUCUCAGCUUCAGGCUGAAUCUCAGAGCUAUGAAGGAGAUGAAGAGGAGCUCCAUCACCUUCAUCACCCUGAGGUUCUUCAGAUGAUGAAGAUGACCUGAAGCUGCGGUCCGUUUAUUAUGACGCAUUCUGUUGGUAAACAACAGUUUUCUGGGUUAGUUUAGAAUCGCAGUUCUGGUUCUGUACAGACGCAGGUUCAGUUCUAUUGAGGAGGCUGACAGUAAGGGUGUGAAGAUGACCCUCAAAGGUCAGAGGUCACCGUGAAGCUGUGAACCAUCAGGUCAUAGAAAAGGAAUGAAGAUCUUCAAAGAGCCUCAGACGUACGAUGACUCAGCAGAUUCUGACCGUUCUGUAGAAGGGCUCGGGAGCGGACCGCGGUCGGGUCAGGGUUCAAGUAGAGAUUCUGGGUCAUCGAUGGAUCAUUUGAAGGGUUAGUCUUUGUCUGAUGGUUCAGAUUCUGACGGUACGAAACACUGCCAGCACCUAAACCUAAGCCCCGCCCCCAUCGCAGCAACGUGCCAUGGUUUAAUCGUCUCCAGUGCCUUGAUGUUUGAUCGCUCUAGAAUCUUUUGGGGUUUUUGUCCCCGAUGGAAUCUUCUCGUUUGUUGGAAUCACUCUGAAAUUAUUUUGAUGUUUUUGCUCAGAAGAAAGAAGCUGUUAAUAUUUAUAACAUUGUACGAAUUUAAAUCUUUUUAAUAACUUUUUCUCACAAAGACGUUUGUACAAAAGGUGGAGAACACCAAAGAGUCUGAGUGCUGCUUCCUCGAGUUUGAAUAUCUUGCAGAUGUUUUAGGAGGAGCGGCCGUCUGGAGGACUUCCUCUGUGGUUCAUCCUCCAGGAGGCUCUCCAGCUUCUGUGGUACGAAGAUGAAAACGAGUCUCGGUUCUUCUGUCAUGCAGACGUCUGCAGAAGAACAAAGCUGCUGAGCACAAACUCCGUCACGAGCACAGCGGGAUUCCUGCUCCUCAGAGUUCCUGAUGCAGUCUCCAGGUUUUAUAGAAACUGUACGAUUGAAAAUAAAACCAUGUUUGGAUCCUAAA